AUGACGCUGUCGUCGCCACGACUAGAUGGCAUCGCGAAUGGCACCCCGCGUCGCGCCAGCCUGGACAGAACCAACCGUCAGGUCGUGUAUCCGACAGCGGAGGAGCGAUUGGACGAGCUGCGGAAACGGAUGGGGAAGGCGGACGGGGAUCCGCUGAAGGUCGUUGGGGUUGGCGCCGGCGCGUGGGGCUGCGUCUUCACGGCAAUGAUACAGGAAACGUACGGCCAAUUCAAGGACAAGAUCGACGUGCGAAUCUGGCGACGUGGCGGGCGCGCAUUGGACAAGGCGUUCGCACAGAAGUUGUUCAACGUGAUCAACGACAGGGAGGACAUUCUCCGCCGCUUGAUACGCAACUGCGCUUAUCUCAAAUACGUGGAGGGGCGGCUCGGGGAUAGAGCACUGCUAGCUGAUGAGAUCUUGAGUGACGGCUUCUGCAUCAAUCUAGCUGACACGCCCCUCUGCCCUCUGAAUAUGGCGACCAAUCUGCAAGCAGCGGUGCGGGAUGCUUUGGACGGUUUCUGCGUCAACCUAGCUGACACUCCCCUGUGCCCUCUAAACGUGUUGACCAAUCUGCAAGAAGCCGUGAGGGAUGCUGACGUCAUCAUCAACGGGCUGCCGUCCACCGAGACCAGAUCCGUGUUCCGCCAGAUCGGGCUGUUCUGGCGGGAGAGACGGCGGCCGCCAGCUGUCAUCGUGUCAUUGGCCAAGGGCGUGGAGGCUGCUAUGGAGCCUGAGCCGCACAUCGUGACACCGACGCUCAUGAUUCACCAAGAGAGUGAGUGGGCAUCCGAGUGA